AUGGCACUAGAUGGGGAGCUCCAGGUCAUGCUCCCUAAUCUGCUCACUAAGGCCGACUCCGAGGCUCUCUCCGACCGACUAGGCCGGGUGUUCCGGGAGGAAAUAGCCCAGUUGUGGGCAGACUUGGCGAGCAUGGAAGCCAGACUUACCACCAACGAGUCCGACUCCAAGGCGCUCCGCACAGACAUAGACGCAGUCCAACAAACAGUGGCUGGUUGUGAGUCAAGCCUAGCACACCUUACAACAUGUGUGGCCUCAUGUUGUAACAUGAGCCCACAGACUGAACCCCCGGGUCAUGGGGGUGAAGGAGAGGUACCCAACAGAAAACAUACCAGAGCUUCUACGUUCGAUUUUUGCCCAUAUGUUGGGUGGCCAACAGCUACCAAGGCUGGCUCUAGUCAGGGCACACCAUGUGCUGCGCCCACCACCAGCCAAAGGUGA